AUGUUCAGACAAUUAGCUAGCGCCAAGACCGUUGCACCCAAGUUCUCCAGAUCUUACAUCGCUGGUCAGUUUACCGGCGCCAAGAAGGCCAACGGUAAAUACACCGUCACUUUGAUCGAGGGUGACGGUAUUGGUGUUGAGAUCUCGCAGGCUGUCAAGGAAAUCUACGCUGCCGCCGACGUGCCUAUUGAGUGGGAGCCUGUCGAUGUCACCCCUCUUUUGAUCAACGGUAAGACCACCUUGCCUCAAGACGCCGUCGACUCGGUCAACAGAAACUUGGUCGCUUUGAAGGGUCCUUUGGCCACCCCAGUCGGCAAGGGCCACACUUCCAUGAACUUGACCUUGAGAAGAACCUUCAACUUGUUCGCCAACGUCAGACCAUGCAAGUCCAUUGUUGGGUACAAGACUCCUUACGAGAACGUCGACACCGUUUUGAUCAGAGAGAACACCGAGGGUGAGUACUCUGGUAUCGAGCACACCAUUGUCCCCGGCGUGGUGCAGUCGAUCAAGUUGAUUACCAAGCCAGCCUCCGAGAAGGUCAUCAGAUACGCCUUCGAGUACGCCAAGAGCAUCAACAAGCCCCACGUUCUUGUGGUGCACAAGGCCUCCAUCAUGAAGUUGUCCGACGGCUUGUUCGUCGAGACCGCCAAGGAGGUUGGCCGGGAGUACCCUGACAUCAAGUUGUCCUACGAGUUGUUGGACAACACCUCCUUGAAGUUGACCGCCGACCCCGCCGACUACAAGGACGUUGUCAUGGUCAUGCCUAACUUGUACGGUGACAUCAUGUCCGACUUGUCCUCCGGUUUGAUUGGUGGUUUGGGUUUGACUCCCUCCGGUAACAUGGGUAACAAGGUCUCUAUCUUUGAGGCUGUGCAUGGUUCUGCCCCAGACAUUGCUGGCAAGGGCUUGGCCAACCCAACCGCUUUGUUGUUGUCUUCCUGUAUGAUGUUGAGACACAUGUCCUUGAACGCCGACGCCGACAAGAUCGAGAGCGCUGUCUUGAAGACCAUUGCUUCUGGCCCAGCCAACAGAACUGGUGACUUGAAGGGUACUGCCAGCACCCAGCACUUCACUGAGCAAGUCAUCAGCAACUUGUAA